AUGAAGCGAGGCCAUGGUGCCGCGAUCGGUGCGGGUGCCUUGGGAACUCUGGCUGCCUUUGUGGCCCCCCUACAGCAGGGGCUUCUGUGGGUAUACUUCUUUCUGCUUGGCUCUCUUGUGUACGGCAUUUGGUUCUGGGGAAGAGUUUUCAAGCACAAUGCGGCUCCCCAGGUGACUGCCAAGCGGAAAAGGAGGGCCCCCCGCAGCAGCAGCAGCGGGCGAGGCAAGCUGCCAUGCAAAGGCACCUCCACAGACGCUGCUGGGUAUCCAGCUGUGGAUCCCAAUGCAAAGCCAGCAAGUCCCCGCGUGGCAGCACUUCAUUGCAGGACGGAAAGUCACAGCAGAGGCAGUUCUGUUGCACGGGAGAGCGAGAAUUCGGAGAGCUACCGCAGCGGCUCUGACGUUUCUGGGGUUUCUGAGGCGCAUGCAACCUUGGGGCUUCCGCCUCCUACCACGCGGGAGGGAGAACUAUGGGAUGAGGGAUCUUUCGAUUCCGCGGAUGAGGCGGACUCUGAGGCAGAGCAGGACUGCCUUUUGCCGGGGGCCGAACACCGCCGGCGCUUGCCGCGUCGUAUGAGUUUUUCUUCACUGAAUUUGGCUGUUGGGUGCUUUCCUCCGAGAUCCAAUGUGAAGCAUCACGUGGUCUCCGCCUGCUUGUAUGCCCAAAGCCUCCCGAGUACUCAAGCGGUGCAAAGGCUCGUCGAGACGCGGCUCCUGAAAUUUCAUAGAUUCAGCAGCGUUCCCGUCGUCAGCUUUCUGUACCCUCGGUGGCGCGAGGUGUCUGUACACCCGGGGGCGCACGUGCGGCGGCUCCGGGUUCGCGGCAUUGCGGAGCUCCACCUGUGCACCGAAUGGAUAAUGUGCCAGCCGUGCGAUCCGGAGCGUCCCAGGUGGCAGAUUUGGCUCAUAGAGAAUACGGCCGUCCAGGCACAGCAGCGGGGGAAUGAUGACGAGGAGCAGUCGAGGGAGCUCGUUGAGGACUGGAAUUCGGAGGAUUAUCGGACUCCAGAAGAGCGAGCAGGCGCUGAAAGCCGUGUCGGACUGAGGGGGGCUCCGAGGCACUGCAUCAUGAUCCGGGCAGAGCACUGCAUAGGGGACGGCAUUUCGCUUAUUGAGCUAGGCCUGCGGCUGCUGACGGACGCGCAAGGUUUGCCUCUCAAUGAGUGGACAGAGCCACCGAUCCUCAAGGGUCCUGCGACUGCGGCGGCGGAGCACCUUUGUCAUCUUCCAAGUCCUACCGCUCAUCUGCUGCGCUGGACAAAAGUCCUCCUAAAGGCCCCUCGGCGUCUCGCAGAAGCUCUCUGGGUAGGCGCCUUGCUGUUUCGGGGGGCGCUGAGGACGAUUGUUGCAGCCAUCGUCAACAAACGCGAUGCAUGCACACCCAUGACAGGAUCCGCGGAGCACAGGAACAGGCUGCUAUGGUGUGAGCGGGCUCAGGUGGCCUCAGCGUCCCCCCUCAGUUUGCAGUUCGUGCGGGCUAUCAAGAAAGAAGCGAACGCGACUCUCAAUGAUGUCUUUGUUGCCGCUUUUACUGGAGCUAUGAAACGGUACUGUGAGCUGCAAGGCGAUGAACAGUUCUCGCACGGCGCAGGCGUCACGCUGCCGAAGAUGCUGGUGGCAUGCGCCUUUUUCAGGCGGACGAAAGAGCUGCCAGAUUCCUCUCAGCUGUUAUUGCGUAACCGUUUUACCCUCACAUCGCUGACACUGCCAGCUGACGCUGCAGAUGCGCGGGAGAGGCUUAGCCGCGUUCAACAGGCUACGACUUCCCUCAAGCGAUCCCGACAACCAGCAGCAGACUUCCUCUGCCAGAAGGUUCUAGGGCAGUUGUUGCCGACGCCGCUGACUCGUCAAGCCGCGGAGGGCCUCUUUAGCACCCACAGUGUCGUGUUCUCUAACCUACCUGCCUACACUGCGCCCGUCCACUUUUGCGGCUGUAAGAUUACUGAAGUCCAGGUGCUCUACCCCAAUCUCAUUCCACAAGUAGAAGUGGUGUCGUACGCUGGACGCAUCUUCUUGUCUUUCGUGUACGAUCCCUCGGUUGUAACGGAGGGGCACAAGAUCCCUCAUUUGUUUGCGGAGGAGUUGCUUCGUCUGGCAGACGCUUAUGGCGUCCGCAGACCUGAAGACGAGCACCAGCAAGAGGGGCAGGAAGACUUAAUGAAAACAGCACAACAGGCUGCUAACGGAUCCAGUAGCCCAAGCACAACCAAUGGAUCUUCAAAUUCCAGCAUCUAA